AUGGAAGAUUUUAACCAAACAUCAGCUGAUUUCAUCUUAUUAGGACUGUUCUCACCAUCAAGAAUGGGCCUGUUCACCUUCAUUAUCAUCAUUCUCAUUUUCUUAAUGGCUCUAAUUGGCAACCUGUCCAUGUUCCUUCUCAUCUUUCUGGACACCCAUCUCCACACACCUAUGUAUGUCCUACUUAGUCAGCUCUCCCUCAUGGACCUGAGUUACAUCUCCACCAUUGUCCCCAAGAUGGCUUCCAACUUCCUAUUUGGAAACAAGUCAAUCUCCUUCAUUGGAUGUGGAAUCCAGAGUUUCUUCUUUUUGACUUUGGCAGGGGCAGAAGCACUUCUCUUGGCAUCUAUGGCCUAUGACCGUUAUGUGGCCAUUUGCUUUCCUCUUCACUAUCCUAUUCGUAUGAGGAAAAGUAUGUGUGUACUGAUGAUUACAGGAUCAUGGAUAAUGGGUUCUAUCAAUGCUUGUGCCCACACUGCAUAUGUUCUCCAUAUCCCCUAUUGCCAAUCCAGGGCCAUCAGUCACUUCUUCUGUGAUAUCACAGCCAUGGUGACUCUAGCUUGCAUGGACACCUGGAUCUAUGAAUACACAGUGUUUGUUAGUACCACCUUGUUCCUUGUGUUUCCGUUCAUUGGUAUUUCUUGUUCCUAUGGUCGAGUUCUCAUAACUGUCUACCAUAUGCCCUCAUCAGAAGGGAAGAAGAAGGCCUAUUCAACCUGCAGCACCCACCUCACUGUGGUGACUUUCUAUUAUGUACCCUUUGCUUACACUUAUCUAUGCCCACGAUCCUUUAGAUCUCCAACUAAAGAUAAGAUUCUUGCUGUGUUCUAUACAAUAAUCACCCCUAUGCUCAAUCCUGUCAUCUACAGCCUGAGGAACAAGGAGGUGAUGGCAGCCCUGAGAAGACUCAUUCAGAGAAUUUUCUUUAUGAAAGUAUAG